AUGGAUAUGGUAUCCGCCAAGCGACCAGGAGGUCACGGCUACAAUCACCACUGUGGGAGCGUUUCUUACCCUCCCCUAAAUACACCAAGCAUUGGUUCUAGAUCCAGGAAAUGGACUCACAGCGUUCUAAAUAAGUAUGCAUUUUAUAAGAAGACAUAUACCAGUGGAAAACUCCGCUUUAUCAAAGACAACACACACUUGAGUGAUGCAAAAUUCAUCAAGAUUAAUGCUGAUGCUGGGGACAGUGAAAGUAUUAUGCAGCAAGUGGCGGAAGGCGUUGUUAACAAGCUAUGGAGAGUUCCUAAUAAAAAUAUUCUGCUGUCAGUCACUUCCGGUGCGGAUGAGUUGGAUGAAGCAGGUAGUGAAGCAUUCAAAGAAGGCAUAAGACAUUUCUUACCAGGAACAUGUAUAGUGACUGGCGGAACCAACGAUGGAGUUACCCGACUUGUCGGAGACGCUGUACAUGAGUUCAACAACCGUGCACACUAUGAAGAACACGAUACAAAUAAAUGUCCAACUAUUGGAAUAGUCUGUUUGGACCGCCUUGGACGGAAUAAGGACACAAUAAAGCCUUGGGAACUGACCAGAGGAGUGUUCGGCAUUGACUCAGAUGGUGAGCUGUUUACCGUCGAUAAAAGCGGUGAAAGGUGGACGUUGAAGCCAGCUUCAUUGACGAACGUUGAGGCUCUAAGUGACGGUAGCACCGCAAAUAACGCAUCUACUGAUAGCUUUGCUGUCGGCGACUUGGUGCAGAUCGGCAGUGUUCGAGAGAAGGUCAGGUCUGGAGAAAUAGGUCUUUGGGAGGACUUUUUAGAGCCGAAUUGA